AUGAACGAUCCAAAUCGUAAAAUAGAAAUUGAUAAAUCUUCGUUGCUCAGUUUAAAAGCGGAGCUGCUUCGCAAACAGGAAGAAGUGGGACGAGCUAAAGCGUCAACAUCGAUUGAAGAUUUUGUACCGAAAAGAGUUCCAAAACCGGAGAAGGAUGAAUCCACAGCACGAAAGGAACGUCGUGAGAAGAAAGAAAAGUCAAAGGAAAAGCCCAUUGUCACAGAACUGGAAGAUUCCGCACAGCUCGCGAGAUCAAAACAAAUGCUACAAGCGAAGGCCAAAUAUUACGACCGGAUGGUUGCGGCCGGUGGUUCGCUUAACAGUGACGAAAAUAGUUUGGUGAUGUUCAACAAAAAGAAGCAGGAUGUUAAACCAGCUUACACCGUAUCCGACGAAUCUGCCCCAGAAAGCAGUGCUAGCUCUAGCUCAUCCGAAAGUGAAGGAGAUGAAAGUGGAGACAACAAAUGGGUUGAAUACACGGAUUGCUUGGGACGUACGAGAAAGUGUCUAAAGGAAGAUUUGAAAGCAUGUUUAGCCCGGGAUAGAGAGCUUGCCAAAUCGAUGGGUCCGCGCGAUGGCCAGCGUAGAGAAGACAUGCAGGGAGGACCGUCAACUGAAAACACGCCAGCAACAAAAACUCCCCUUGAAAGCACCAAACAAGACAAAAUCGUGAAUGAUCAUCAAGACAACCUGGAGGAGGAGGACGGAGAAAUUGUUGGUCCAAUGCCUCCUGCGUUGGGUCCACUCGGUGGCACAGAUAUUGGUGAACGGUUCCGGGAGAUGAAAGAGCAAUGGAUACAACAGGAAGAAGCUAAUCUGGAGAAGGGCUCCAUACACUACCAGGAUGUACUUUUUGACGAGGCACGAUUACAUGGCGUCGGAUACUAUGCAUUUUCCACCGAUCAGCAAGAACGUAGCCGGCAACGGGACGAACUGGACUCGAUACGUGAGUCAACGCUCGAGGCACAAAAGGAACGGGAAACAUUGCGUAGCGCACGUGACAAACUUAUCGCCGAUAGGGUGAAAGCUGCCCGUGCCCGUCAACGAGCACGCCAAGGACUGCCGCCAGUGGACGAAGACGUGGAUGAAAGUCAGAAAGAUUCCUCCGAUCAGCUGUUUGAUCAGGCGGAAGAAAAGCGCGCACGCAAGGCCGAAGAAAAGCAGCGCAAAAAGAAGGAAAAGGAAGAACGGCGCAGAGAGCGUGAGCGGGCGGACCAUGUCAGACCGUGGGAUGAAGGGAAGGAGCAAAAUGCGGAAGAUAAGGAAUGGGUCCCGGCAAAGGAACGGUUCAUUCUGUCCCAGCACGAAUGGAACGAUCUGAAGCGCAACGAGCGGAUAGCCGAAUUUGCUCCACCACCUGUCGCGCAACCCGGUAGAAAUGAUCGUAACCCUCUGUGGAAACCUUCACAGCCUGCGACACAUUCCGAUGUGGACAGCAGUGAUUCUUCCAAUGCGAGCGACAGCGAGGAAACAGUUGUUGGACCAAUGCCACCGAUGAUGAUACCGGAGGAGAAGGGAUCGUUGAACGAUCCUUCUAGUGCGUCCCUGGAGGACAUUCCGCUUCCAGAACAGGAAGACCCCGCAAGAAAGUCUCUAUUUUUCACCACGAAAAAAAAUCCACCCAAGAAGGAGCUAAAGCGCCGUAAUAUGAACGUAGUUGAAAUGGUAAUGCCAGCCAAACAACCUACACCCGUGCCUAUUGUUAACGAGCUAAGCGACACGGAAGAGGCAGCUGAUACGGGCGGGCAGGAAACCGAUUUGCCGAAGAGAAGAGGUGCCGAAAUAGAGCCUCCACCGACGUACGAUUACUACGGACCUUCGGAUGCUGCUGGAAUGCAUCGCAAUCGGCCGAGAGCGGGCGGUUCGGAAAGCAGAUCCAAUCUGGAGGCUUCCAUCGAGGCGGGAUUGAAGUUUUUAAGAAACCAAUCGGACAAAUCGGGUGGUCCGGGAACCAAAAAUCGCUGGUCUUCGAAUGCGGACUAUUGA